AUGUCGCAGAUCCACCUUGUUACGAGACAGAUAUGGUCGGUAGUUUUGGCACUGGCCAAGUACCUCCCUGUGUGGGUGAUCGACAAGCUGGUGCUCAUCAUGUGCAGCCUCGUGUUCGGCGGCGACACCUCUGAGCAUGGCUUCACCUCUGAGCAUGGCGACACCUCUGAGCAUGGCUUCAGGCGGCCGGCCAUGGGGCCCUUGUCCAUGAAGCUGCAGACCGGCGCCAACCCCGUCAUGGACGUCGGCGCCUACGGCAAGAUCAAGCACGGCGAGAUCCAGGUCCUGCCGGCGAUGAAGAGCGUGCACGGGGACGUGGUGGAGUUCGCCGACGGCAAGAGGCACCCGUUCGACGCCAUCGUCUUCGCCACCGGCUACCGGAGCACAACCAAGCAAUGGCUCGAGAGCGAUGGCGGGCUGAUCGGUGGUGACGGGUUGGCAGCGCGGAGGUACCCAGAUCACUGGAAGGGGGAGAAGGGGCUCUACUGCGCGGGUUUGGCGAAGAGAGGGAUCCUCGGGAGCUGCGUGGAAGCGGAGCUCAUCGCCGAAGACAUCGCCAACAUGUUGUACCACCGCCGAAGCCUGUCCGGGGCUGGGAUUUAG